GGAGAGCGGAGCAGGGGACAGGUCAACCCAACUGAUUUUCUCUGGGCAAGCGGAGGAGCUUCUUCCAUGGGGUCCCUGCUGGGGAGACCCUGAAGAGGAAGGAAAGGCGGAAGGAGUGGGAGUGUGGCAUCCGGCUGAUCUCCGAGUGGUGCCCGAAGGUCACCUCCACCAGACGCCGCCAGCCCGUGUCCCCAGAGGCGGAGACCUUUGCUGCAAGCAUGGACAUCGUGGAGAGGGUCCUCUCCUUGGCCCAGGCCAUCCACGCCCAAUUUGAGCAGGUGAAGUGCUGUAAGCACCAGUGCCAGCGCCUCGUGGAGCGCAUCCAGAUCCUGCUGGGGCCCGUGAGGAUCCUCAAGGCUCAGCCGCCAAAGCACAUCUCCCACCAUGAAGAGGAACUGUUGAAGAAGCUUCUCCGGGUGAUGAGGGAAGCCCAGAAACUGGUGAUGAAAUACACCCAGACCAGCUGGAUCCAGAAGUUCCUGAGAGCCCACAGCGCCAGCGAAGAGUUCGUCUGGGUGAACGAGAGCCUGGAGGACAUUGCCCAGGGGCUCUCACUCCUGCUGCAGGCAGAGCAGAAGCAGGCGUUCCUGGAGGCUUUCCAGGCAAAGACCCGUCACAGGCAGGACGCCGAGGACCUGAUGGAUGACAGGGCUUUCUUGGAUCAGGUGAUCGCAAGUACUGAGGAGCCCAAAGACGUGUCUGGGGACAUCUACAUCAACACGCAAAGUGUGGAGAGCAAGGUAGACUGGAUGCAGAGCGAGCUGAACCAAAUUGUGCGCGUGAUGGAGUCCUUGAAGAAAGUCAAUGUUGGUAAAAGAGAAGACAUCACCGAGAUCGGGCGGGAUCAGCUCACCUUCUACAGACACCUGCAGGACACCGAGAGCUAUGACCUCUAUGAGGGCGAGUACCUCAAGUACCCUGUGGCCAUCAAAACCUUCAAGAGGCCGCUGACCACUGACCCGGCGAAGGUGAGAGACAUCUUUGAGAAGGAGAUUCAGACCCUGAAGAAGUUUGAGUCUCCAAACAUCCUGCGCAUGUAUGGGAUCUGCAUUGAGGAGAAAGAUGGAAGCCCCUGCUUCUCCAUCGUCAUGGAGUACUGUAAGCACGGGACGCUGCGGGAUGUACUGACCACGCAACAGCAUCUCUCCUGGGAGAUCCGCAUUCGAAUGGCCCUGGGAGCUGCCAGAGGCCUUUACAGGUUGCACUGGACAGAGGAGAAGUCCCGACUCCAUGGCUGCAUCUGCAGUAGCAAGUUCCUGGUGGCUGGGGAUUACUGUGUGAAGCUGUCGGGAUUCGAGCUGGGUGAGACAGAGUCAUCCAUCAAGAGGAAAGCCAAGAAGAACUGGAAACAAGUCUCUAUGUUGGCUUACGUUGCCCCCGAGAACCUGAAAGAAAGCAACUACCCCUACAAGAAGCCCUCUGAAAUAUACAGCUUCGGGAUCGUGCUGUGGGAGAUCGCGACCUCCAAAAUCCCAUUUGAAGGCUGCACUCCCCAGGAGAUCAUAGAGAAAAUUUGUGACCACCAUUACCGGGACCCUGUCGGGGAAGAUUGUCCUGAAGCCCUGAGGAAAAUCAUUGACCACUGCCGGGCCUUUGACCCUUCCGAACGCCCUUCUGCUGAGGAGAUUGUGGACUUGCUGGCUGACCUGGAGAAAAGCCGAAACCAAGGAAGUUAACCAUGUAAAGCAGGGUGGGGUGACCACAAGCUGCUGGGCACCUCCAGGAGCAAACCAAAGGAAACCAGUGGCCUUCCAUCCACAGGCUUCUCCUGGUUUGAGCGACACAGGACUAAUAUCUCUUUCAGUAAUUUUACUUUUCCGUAAGGUCUCUCCUAAUGCCUGGGAUAAACCGCACUUUUAGAAGACUCUAGUGUCUGAAUUGGUGAAAGUGUUUACAGCUGCGGGUUUCAAGGUCUGGGUGUUUUCGAGCUCCCCAGGAGCGGGGACGAGAAGGAGCGAGACCCGGGCACUUGGCCCAAGCUGCCAACGGGGUUAUUUCAUACCACAAACGCCACAUUCCACAGAAAUUUAGAAAGUUUGCUGAGGAGUUUGUCUCUCUCCCUUGAUGGCUGGGAUCCUGAGAACUCCUUGCCCCAGUGCUGGAGCCCUGAGCCCUUCCCUUCCUCCCGCUGGCAGUGUCCCACAUGGGCUGUCCCUGCGGGGAGUGCACGGCUCCCUGGGGUGGAACAGGAUGGGGAUACUCCUUCUGUGUUUUAUAUCAGUAUUGGGAUCAA